GGGUUUUGGGAGUGAAAGGAGGAGGCUAGGGAAGUGCAUCCGGGGCGGCGCUUCGCCUAUUGUCUGGGCGACGGAGCUGGCCUGCAGGGACGCCGCAGCCUCUCUUGGCCUGAGGGCUUGGCCGCUUCCCGUAUGCCCGGCAGCGGCUGCUCGGCUCCAGUGAUGGAUCGUAGCUCAAAACGGAGGCAGGUGAAGCCUUUGGCUGCUUCCCUGCUGGAAGCUCUAGAUUAUGACAGUUCAGAUGACAGUGACUUUAAGGUUGGAGAUGCUUCAGAUUCUGAAGGCAGUGGACAUGGCAGUGAAGAUGGAUCUAAGGAUAGCGGAGAUGGCUCCUGUAGUGAAUCAGAAGAAAAUAUCUUGGAGGAAGAUCUGGCAGAAGAGGAAGAAAAAAGAGAAGAAGAACAGCCUAAAAGCUCAGGUGGAGAAGAGCUGCCAAUAACAGAGAAAGAGGUGAUUAAAACAGAAAAAAAAGAAGAAGAGGAAGAGGAGGAUGGAGACGGAGAAGAAAAGCCAGGAAAGAGAAAGGAGAAAGAAAGAGAGAGAGAGAGACCUUCUGAAGCUGAUACUGGCAUUGAUGAGCAGUCAAAUGAACCCAAAAAGUGGAACUUACGAAGAAAUCGUCCUCUGCUGGAUUUUGUAUCCAUGGAAGAGCUAAAUGACAUAGAUGAUUAUGACAGUGAAGAUGAUAAUGACUGGCGUCCAGCUGCUGGGAAGAAGAAGGGAAAAAACACAGUUCAAAAAGAAGGCAGUGAUGGUGAUAAUGAGGAUGAUGAAGAUGAUGGAAGUGGAAGUGAUGAAGAUGACAAUGAAGAGGAAGGCAAUGAUGAGGAUGAAGAUGAUGAUAACAGCAGUGCUGCUAGUGAUGGUGGAUCCAAGAAGAAGAAAGCUAAAGCUCUUAGCAGAAAUAGUGCUGAUGAUGAAGAGCUGACAAAUGAUAGCCUGGCCCUUUCACAAAGCAAGAGCAAUGAGGACUCUCUGAUUCUUGAGAAAUCUCAAACUUGGAGCUCUCAGAAAAUGGACCAUAUUAUGAUUUGCUGUGUUUGUCUUGGAGAUAAUAGUGAAGAUGCUGAUGAGAUAAUCCAGUGUGAUAAUUGUGGGAUAACAGUGCAUGAAGGUUGUUAUGGAGUAGAUGGUGAAAGUGAUUCUAUUAUGAGUUCUGCUUCAGAAAACUCCACUGAACCAUGGUUCUGUGAUGCCUGCAAGUGUGGUGUCUCUCCAAGCUGUGAACUCUGUCCAAACCAAGAUGGAAUCUUCAAAGAAACAGAUGCUGGCAGAUGGGUCCACAUUGUUUGUGCACUGUAUGUUCCAGGAGUAGCAUUUGGAGAUAUUGACAAAUUGCGACCAGUAACACUUACAGAAAUGAACUAUUCGAAAUAUGGUGCUAAGGAAUGCAGUUUCUGUGAAGAUGCUCGUUUUGCCAGAACUGGAGUUUGCAUUAGUUGUGAUGCUGGAAUGUGCAGAGCUUAUUUCCAUGUGACCUGUGCUCAAAAGGAAGGCCUGUUGUCAGAAGCUGCAGCAGAGGAGGAUAUUGCAGAUCCUUUUUUUGCUUACUGUAAGCAACACGCAGACCGGAUGGAUAGAAAAUGGAAACGCAAGAACUAUUUGGCUUUACAGUCUUAUUGCAAAAUGUCUUUGCAAGAGAGAGAGAAGCAACUCUCUCCAGAAGCUCAGGCUCGAAUUAAUGCCAGACUACAGCAAUAUCGUGCUAAGGCAGAAAUAGCACGUACCACCAGGCCUCAAGCAUGGGUACCAAGGGAGAAACUGCCACGGCCGCUCACUAGCAGUGCUUCAGCAAUACGUAAGCUAAUGCGCAAAGCAGAAUUAAUGGGAAUUAGUACAGACAUCUUUCCAGUGGAUACUUCAGAUACCAGUUCCAGUGUUGAUGGAAGACGGAAACAUAAACAGCCAGCUCUGACUGCUGAUUUUGUGAAUUAUUACCUUGAGAGAAACAUGCGCAUGAUCCAGAUCCAGGAAAAUAUGGCAGAACAAAAGAAAAUUAAGGACAAGCUGGAGAAUGAACAGGAAAAACUCCAUGUGGAAUAUAACAAGUUGUGUGAAUCCUUAGAAGAACAUCAGAAUAUAAAUGCAAAAUUGCGUACUGAAGGGCAAGGAAUCUGGGCCGUGCUGGGGAGAAUAAUUGGGCAGAAAUUAAACAUACCAGCAAUUUUGCGAGCACCUAAGGAGAGAAAGCCAAGUAAGAAAGAAGGUGGGACUCAGAAGACUACAACCCUUCCAGCAGUUCUUUACAGUUGUGGGAUUUGCAAGAAGAACCAUGAUCAACAUCUCCUUUUGCUGUGUGAUACUUGUAAACUCCAUUAUCAUCUUGGAUGUCUGGACCCUCCUCUUUCAAGAAUGCCAAGGAAGACUAAAAACAGUUACUGGCAGUGUUCAGAGUGUGACCAAGCAGGUAGCAGUGACAUGGAAACAGACAUUGCCAUGGAAACUUUACCAGAUGGAACUAAGCGAUCAAGGAGACAGAUUAAGGAACCAGUAAAAUUUGUUCCACAGGAUGUUCCCCCAGAACCAAAGAAGAUGCCCAUCAGAAAUACGAGAACUAGAGGACGAAAACGAAGCUAUCUUUCUGAAGAAGAAAAACCUGAGGAACGUAUUCCUAGAGAAAGAAGGCAAAGACAGUCUAUAGUACAAAAGAAGCCCAAAUCUGAAGAUUUAAGAACUGAAUGUGCAACAUGUAAGGGAACUGGAGACAAUGAAAAUCUAGUCAGGUGUGAUGAAUGCAGGCUUUGCUAUCAUUUUGGAUGUUUGGACCCUCCUUUGAAAAAAUCUCCCAAACAAACUGGCUAUGGGUGGAUUUGUCAAGAGUGUGAUUCUACAUCUUCAAAAGGAGAAGUGGAUGGAAUGAAAAACAAGUAUCAGGACUACGGCUCAUCAAUUGAGGUGGUCUCAGAGGCCUCAACUAAUGUUGUACCCUCUACCUCGAGAAGUAGCACUGAACAGCUGGUAUCGGUGGCACAGAAACAUCCAAAAGAGGAGGAUGAAAAUGAAGGAGAAGCAAAAAGUCCAUUUCAAGAUCCAAUCAUGGAACAGAAGAAUUCAAAAAAAUAGAAGAUUUUUCCUCUGAAAUACUUUCAAAGAGUAACAUAGUGAUUAAUGUGUCUCAUUGUUAAAGGGGGGGGGGCUGGAAAAUUGUCACUAAAAGACACUGCAAAUUAAAAUGUAAGUUUCAUUGGAGAAUUGUUUCCUAAACUCCUGACAUUUAUGAUUAUAUGAAAAUAGGAAUUUUCAGUACUCAGAAACAAAAUAAAAGCAUCUGUUCAUUGUAUAAGAACUUUAGAAUUAUGGACAGAAGAGCAACAUGAUCUUCAUUAUUGCUACUUUUUGCCAUGCAAAGUUGUUAAUGUUCUUCAUUACAUUAUUUAAUGUGAAUCCCGAAAGGCUGAAUACCACUCAGAAUGUGUGUCUCAUUUCUCUGCAUUGAUGCAUGGAUGGUUAUUGAUUUUGAUACUUAUGGAUUUGAAUAAAUAUGUAACUACACAAAUAUGCUGAGUGAAAUGAAAUAAAACUAAUAAUUAUU